UUUCAGGGAGCCUAUUGGCUCCUACACAUGGGACGCAACACGCUUGCGCGCGGCAAGAAGCGACGCGGUAGCCAAUCAAAGUUCGCCAACUGUCGCCGCGCGGUAACCGUUACCGUGUUCAGUUGCGCAUUCCGUGUGCACGUGCAGCCCAUUUUACUUCGAAAGUUCUAAUUACGUCUUUAUAUUAAACAAUUUGGUGUGUAUCGCCGAUUGCGAGCGACUUGGAGCUCGAUUUGAAGCGAAUGCAGCGAAUAAUUCCGCCAUUACAAGAGUUCCCGGUCGUAUUGUUUUAUUAUUAAUAGAAACUCGGCGACGAUUCGCUCGUUUCAUUGUGUCGAUCACGGCGGUGAAACCAGAGGUCGACGAAGACGAACGACAACGACGAGGACAAUCCGUCCUAAAGCAUCAGUCGAAACAGCGAGGUCUCGUAUGAGCACGUGAGGAACCGUUAACAACGGCUACGCUCUCCGGCGGAGAACCUCGAUCGAUUUAGCUUUGCACCAUAUGAUGGCCAAAUCUAGCGACUUGGAUUGGCAAAUCGAGCAAGAAACUGCACUUCCGCAGUCCAUUAGCUGUUUCUACAGCAAUGAGUAAGAUAUGUCAAUUGAUGAAAGAAAAUCAGAGAGGGAGUCAAUCUACUGCUGUCGUAGAUAAUAUAUCAAAUACUAUUGAGAAAACAAAAGAUUUGUGGAACGUUCACGAUGAAUUGAUAGCAUCUUCAUCAACAAACUGCGACGAGCCUGGUGGCGUACCAGUCGAACUUCGACAGUUCCUUAAUGUUAAUGUCGUCAACAGAAGCGAGGAUCCACUAAAAGUUUGGUAUAAACUGAAGGAUAUUUAUCCAAAGGUGUACGAAAUAGCCAUGAAAUAUUUCGUGAUUGUGGGAACGUCUGUCCCAUCUGAACGCUUAUUUAGUGCUGCUGGAGAUAUUAUUAGCGCAAAAAGAAGCAGAAUUACUGGAAAAAGGGCAUCGGAGAUUAUAUUUCUAGGAUCUCUACCUAAAAAAUACUGGACCUAAGUCACAGCGGUGCGGCGUCUCACCCGUAUACCACAUUAUUAUUAUUCAAAGUUUCAUUUUGCCAUAACUAUUAUUCAUUUUACCAUAACUAUUAUUAUUCAAAGUUUCAUUUUGCUUCGUUUAUACUUGUACUUGAUAAGUCGAUUUUGGUAACGGGCGUAUUAAUGUAUUCACUGCAAAUUUGUGCAAGUGGGGUAUUCUGUUGUAAAAGAAUUUCGCGACUUUAUGAUGAACAUGUAAUAAUUCUUUUUCGUUAUUACUUUAGUAACCUUCCAUAAUUUUAACAAAGAGGCACUAAAUUAUAAUGUCAAUAUCUCAGAUUACGUUUGUAUGUUAUUUUUAUGCGAGGAGUGUGUCUGCGUGCAUUCGCCAAUUAAUGAGGUGACAUUAGUAGUAUCGGUACAGUAGUGUCGAACAAAAUAUAUUUGCAAGUAAUGGAAAUAACGACUUUAAGUAUAUGUAUAUUUUCCUGUGAAAAUAUAUAUUUGAAAAUAAUUAUUUGCAAAUAUAUUUCAGCCAAUAUUGGGACGUACAUUGAGAUGCAAUUAUCCAGAUGCGAAUUAAGGCAAAUGCUCCGAAAAUAAUUUUGUAAUUGAAGACAGUAUAGAUAUUGAUACUGCAUCUACAGCAAUGAUUUAAGUUUAUUGAAUGUGCAAUUAAAUAAAAAUUUUAUAGCGUGUUGCAAUUA